AUGAAUAACCUCGUUGCGAAGAAACGUCCCGAACCGGUAGCGGAUUCAUUGAAGCAGUUGCUGAAGGCCAACUCCAUUACCGAGAUGCGGGACAUUGCGGCUCGGAUCUGUCGCGAUUAUCUGACCGGUGCGUGGAAAACCAUAUCCGCCGAUGAACUGCAGCUGAAGCGAAUUAGCGGCGGGCUUUCUAACUUCCUGUACUACGUCAGCUUGCCGGAGCAUCAUUAUUACAACAACAAUAACAAUGGUGGUACGAAAUCGAACCCUGGUUCGCGCAGAGGGUCCUUCGCCACGGAGCGCACCGUCACGAAGACGUCAAACAGCAGCAGCAAGGCAAGGAAUGGAAGUAAGCGAGCCCGAAAGGAUAGCUGCGCUGGUAUGCUAGAACCGAAAGAGGUGCUGCUAAGAAUAUACGGCCAGACCCAUGGUGAACAUGCGCUGGAAACGAUGCUUACCGAAUCGGUUGUAUUUACGCUGCUAAGUGAACGCAAACUGGGCCCAAAGCUGCACGGUAUCUUUCCCGGUGGGCGCAUCGAGCAGUACAUUCCGGCACGGGCACUGCUGACGGCCGAACUGAGCGACACGAAAAUUUCGCUCAAAGUGGCAGAAAAGAUGGCUGCCAUUCACAGCAUGGACAUACCGGUUUCGAAGGAACCGGACUGGAUCUGGAACACGAUGAACCGCUGGCUGAAGGGUGUUGCGGGUACGCUGAAAACGAUGGAACGCGAUCGUGCGAACGGCAAUGUGAAGGGCGGCAACGGGGACCAAUCUGGCGGGACAGAGGAGGAGGACGAACGCAUCCUCACUGAGAUGGAUUUGGCGGGUGAGGUUGAGUGGUUACGAUCGGUGGUUGAGAGCGAAGAUUUUCCGGUCGUAUUUUGUCACAACGAUUUGCAGGAAGGUAACAUACUGCUGCGGCAGGAUUAUCCGACGAUGCAUGACAAUUCCUAUCGCGAAUGCUCAACGUUGGAUAACUUUGACGAAUCAACUCAGCUCGAUUCGCAUUUCAGUAGUAUCUUGAUAUCGAAUGGAGUGGUAUCUAGCAAUGAAUCGAUUAAUCCUUCGGAUGCAAGCAACAUCAAUCUGAACCGAAUUUCAAGGAAACGUUCGUUGGAUCACGAUUCAAUGGAGAACGAUCUGGACAAUACGCGCGACUCCGUGCUGAGUGGUAAUUCGCAGGCCCUCUCGGAUGCAAACUCCGCAACGGACGGCGAACCGGAACUGAUGAUCAUUGACUUUGAGUACUGUGCCUACAACUAUCGCGGUUUCGAUUUAGCCAACCACUUCCUCGAGUAUACGUUCGAUUACACCAAUGCGCAGGCACCGUACUUCUACCACAAGCUGGACCAGUACCCUUCCGUCGAACAGCAGGAGAAAUUUAUCGUGCAGUACCUGAGCCACCUAGCGCCACCGAUGGAUGAUGAGCUGGAGGAGAUUGGCGAUCGUGACGAUCCUGCGGAGGACGAAGGACGCCCCAAAGUGAGUUCGAUGGGAGGCAGUGAAAUUGACGAGAUUGAGCAAGUGCGUCGGGAAGUGCAGUGCUUUACAAUGGCUUCGCAUCUGUUCUGGAGCCUGUGGGCAAUUGUGAACGUAUACCAGGAGAUAGAGUUUGGCUACAUGGAGUACGCAAUUUGCCGUCUAAAGCAGUACCAGCAAGCGAAACAAAGCUACAUUGAAUCGGCACACAUCGGCAGCCCCGGAGAGCAAACUCCACCGGUGGAUCCAGAAAAAUGA